UCACCUGCAGUGGAAAAUGUUACUUAUGUAAAGCCUGUUUCCUACACAGAAGCUUAUAGUGAGCAUCUUAUAUGCAGGUGACAUCGCUUAAGUCUCUGUUUCAUAUUUCCAUGGAUUAUUAAGGGCAGGGUUUUUAGAUUAAUUAACAAAAUAGGGGAAAAAAAUUGUGUCACUUGAAACUGUGUCAAAGGGAUGGUGGCGCCCUAAUUAAUGGUCAUUCUAGCCCCAGCUUUGAGUUACACAGGAGCUGCCUGUCAAACAGAUAACCCUCUUAGAGGAAUGUCACCUGCCUCUGUCUCAGGCGUGCAGGUAGUUGCUCGUGCUUGAGAAGUGAAUUUACCAACACAGUGCUCAAGGACUAUUUGAAGAGCCUGAUGGCAACCUCAAAUGUCAAAGGUGAAAAAGUGUCCAAAUUUGAGACCUUAAAACUUUUGGAGAAAUGCAGAAAGGAAAGAGAUGAUGCCAUGCACAGGGAAAGUGUUCUCAGAGAAAAACUCAGACAGUACGAGUCAAGGCUGCGUUCAACUGAGGCUCUAAAACAGAAACUGAAGACCUUGACCAUGGACAACAAGGACCUGAGGAAACAAGUGAAGACUCUUCGUACAGAGAUUGGACUUGAGUGCAGCCCUAAGUUCAAUGGAAAGACCACUAAGGACAUAAUCAAUGACUUGCAUGAAAAGGAUCGUGAGUGCAGUUCCCUGUUAGAGAAGGCUGGGAAACUCAGUCUGACUAUUGAUGAUUUGACAUCUGAGUUGGCAAAUACAGUCACCUCUAAAACACUUUUGGAAGAUCAAGUGCAGUCAUUGCAGCAAAAUCUCAAGGAUAUGACAAAUAAUCAACGCCGUCUGCUGAAAUUGUGGGAAGACAAGAAGGCCCAGAGGGAACAGCUCGCCCUUCCUGCAAUUAUCCAGAAACCUGGACAGAAACCAGUUGUCCAUAGAGCAAUUCAAACAGAGAUGUCCGUCAGUUCAUCCCAAAAGCUUCCAGUUAAUGCAUUUGAGACCAAGUCAUUCUCUCGUGACAAUGACAAAAAGACUGUUUUGGAUAAACAUAGUUUUACAACUUAUGGAAAUGGCUAUCAUCAUGACAAGAAAGCUUUCAUGCAUGAUGAAACCAAAGGGAUUCAGAACUGACUUGACCCACUGACUGAAAACUCUUAACACUGCAUUGAGAAAGUAAAGCAGAGACAUUAAAAAUACUUGGAGUAAUGUUUAUAUAUCUGUAAAUGACUCAAAAAGUAAAACAAGAUACAAUUGAAACAUUUUUAAGCUCAUUUAUGACUGAUUUGAUUUAUUGGUGCCUUGUGUAAUUUAAUGCAGUGAAAAAGUUGUUGUCAUAGUGCUUGUUCAAAUGUAACUUAACUUUAAAAAAACAAAAAACUAUAACGUAUCAGCCCAUGCCGUUGAACCAGGCGGGGCUCCAUACAUAGGCCACUUAGUUUGAAUAUAUGUAUAUAAGUUUCAGCUGAAAAAGC